AUGGUCCUUCCGGGGGAAUCGAGAUCUUGGAUGCGUCUAGAAUGGUGUCAUGUUGAGGGGUGCCCCAAGCUACACACUUUGUUCCCUGCUCAUGAACAUGAGUUCUUUGAAUCAAUAAGGAUAUUUUUUGCAUCUGAUCUCCCAAUGGCCUAUUGCAUCUGGGUUAGAAGCAUUUGUCAUCACUCUUCCAGCUUUGAAGGCUUACAAUACAUAUACUUGCACAAUUGUCCACAGUUGGUGUUUAUCCUCCCUAUUUCUUCCUUCACCUUGCCACACUUGGAGUCCAUUCAAAUUGCACACUGUAGUAAUCUCCAACAUAUAUUCCCACUGAACGAUGAGUGCCCUCAAGAGAUAGCAUCUAAAGUAACAUUCAAGAAGCUGAAGCACAUCAAGCUGUACCAUCUCCACAAGCUAGAGCAGAUAUGCGAUACUAGACUGAUCACUGCAUCGGCCUUAGAGACGAUCAGCCUCAGGGAUUGUUGGGGCCUGAGACGGCUACCAGCCGUGUCACUUGAAGGUCCCAAGCCGGUGGUGGACUGGGUGUGCUUUCUACAGCAAGCUAUACCUGAUGUGGAUAUGCUUCAUUGGAUUGGAUUGGAUUGA